CCGCGAGAGUAAGAGAGAGAAAUAAGUAUGUGUAGAGUGCAAUGGCUAUAUCAUACAUAAAUUGUAUAGGCUUUUUUAGAGAUAUAUCGGAAGUGAUGGAUUAUGUCGGCCCAAUUUGGAUUUAUCUAAAGCUAGAUCGAUCAACGUGGCGGCCGUGCCCAGACGACAGACUAGCAGCCAAGUGGGAAACUAAUACUGCUUCUUGCCUCUCUUUCUCUCUCUAUCUUCAAUAUAUUAUUUAUUUAUUUAUUUAUAUAUCCUUUUCUACUUAUAUAUAACAAUAGAGAAUAGCUUUUAGAGCAAAGAGUAUUCGUUGAUUAAACGUAGCUAGAAUCUGUUCCCUUUCUUUUUCUCCUUCUUAUGGCUUACAAGUUAUAGUUUCCAGAAACAAGGGGAAAUAAAAAAAAUCCAUUUUGUUUUAGGAUUUUGGUCUUCUUUUAUCUUUUGGGUCAUGGAGCUAGGUGAUUGUUGUUUAACAUCAAGUCCAGCAAGCGGAGAGAAGCGAAAGCUGCAUAGGACACAGCAAAAGGAGAAACCAUUCAGAGGGAUAAGGAUGAGGAAGUGGGGAAAGUGGGUCGCUGAAAUCAGAGAACCCAACAAGCGGUCCAGGAUUUGGCUCGGUUCUUACACCACCCCUGUAGCCGCCGCUCGUGCUUAUGACACAGCCGUUUUCUACUUGCGGGGUCCUUCCGCCAGGCUCAACUUCCCUGACCUCAUAUUCCAAGAAGACGAGCUUAGGGAUAUCUCAGCCGCUUCCAUACGCAAGAAAGCAACCGAGGUGGGGGCUAAAGUCGACGCUUUACAGACCUCACUCCAUCAUGCUUCUGCUUCGUCAUCGGAAUCAUCGAACCCUACUCGGGUUUUCCGUAAACCUGAUUUGAACAAGUACCCUGACAGUUCUGAUGAAGAUUGAAAAAAACAAUAUAAUAGUUUACCAUAACCCCAAAACCUACAACUGUUCAUACUCGCCACUUUUCUUUUCUUUUUUUCCCCACUUAUGUCUUUUUGAUUCUCUCAUGGAAUAGCAAGUGCCCAAAGAAUAGAAUCAAUAAAAAAAUGGAUUGAUUCUCUGUUUGAUAAGGUUAUGAAUGUUUUACUUUGGGAAUACAAGUUUAGUUUAUGGCAUGUAACUUUUAACAUGAAUGGAUAUUGAUGAAACAGGGAUAUAUUUCGCUGAGUUAGUAAA